AUGUUCUCAGGGAAUUUUUGCUUUCUCUUUUUGCCGCUCUUAGAAUUCAAUUUUGUGCCUUUGUCGGCUUACACUCACUGGAUGGUAACUCACGAUGGGCUCACUAUUGAGGCAGUUUCAGAUUCGCCCUAUCAUAUGGCGCAACCACAUUCAUUGGUGCAAUUUUUGGAUCAAGAACGUAAACUGGACAUAGUUUCGAGCAGUCGGCGCACUUUUUCCGAGCAAGAGAAAUUAAUCCAUGCACAAGAGAAAGCUGACGAUCCAUACAUAGAAAAUGAAAUUCGUGCAAGUGAUCCAGACUGUAUCCGUGCUGGAAACCCCAUAUAUGAAAAAGACACGGUUUACGCAGCGUAUUCUCUUGGUCAUCCACUACAUGAGUUGGUCAUUCAGUUUAGUAAAGUUCAAAAGAAAUUUCGAUUAUCCAGCACUGAAGAAGUUAUAUAUUUUCGUACUUCUAGCAUAGAACACAUAAUGGAAAUAGUUACGAAUGCAACUGACGUUAGAAUUAAGGAAGUACCUUUGUGCGAUUCUGAAUUGCAUUUCAGCAUGUAUGCAUUUGAACAUUUAAUGUCGAUGCAGCAACGUAACAGCCUUAAAAUCUUGCCUGAGAGUGAACUUGAGGAAUUAAUUUCUUCUUAUUUUCGUAUUAGUGACUUUGCUCACUUUAUUGCUAUUUCGCUUAAAUCGGAACCAACGAAUGUUUCCUUUCUUGGUUUAGCGUCAAUGUUUUGGCGAAUAAGCGGUAAUGGCUUGAAUGCUAUAGAAUGCCUUAGACGAGCUCUUCAUUAUUCAUCAAUGUCAAAGAAAAAAUAUGGAGAACUAGUCUUUGCACUAGGAAAUGUUGUCCAUCGAGCUGGAUUCUCUUCGGACGCGAUUACUCUUUAUCAGCUAUCAUUGGCUCAUUUAAAUGAUGGGAUAGUUCAUAUGGCUUUGGGAGAUGCUUUUGCUGCACUUGGUAACAUAACAGAAGCUAUUAUGGAAUACGAGCUAGCGCAGAUGAGCAAACCUGAAAUACCUCAAGCUGCCGUUAAGGCUUCAUCUUUGAAAUGCGAUUUGAAGCUGAUUGAUGCUAUGGAAAAGCAACAUAUGAAUUUACUUAAUAAUAUUAAUGAAAAAAAUUUGUACAAUGACCGAUUGGAUUAUGUGAAUAAAAUCGAAGAAAGUAUCCGAAAGAGUGUUGCUGAUGACGAGACAAAGAAGCAGUCAUUAUUAAUUUACAGUUAUUUUACUUAUGGAAAUCUUCCCUAUUCGUCUUGUCGAAUGAUGAAACGUAAAGGUCGACUUGGAACUCAUUGCUCUGUAAAUGAUUUGAAUCGUUAUCUAUCUCUGAUUCGCGGGAAAGAACAAAGUACUCCAGUUCGUGCAUAUAGUGAGUUGACACGAGUUAGUCGAUCUCUUCUGUUAGAAAUUUUGAAAAUUUUCGUGAGGAACUGUAAAGAUUCCUUUGAAUUUGACAACAUUGGAAAAGCAAUUUCGAAGCGUAUUAAGAACUUUUUCGAUGGUCUCGAAGCCAUGCGAGGUAUAAAUUUGGAUGAACCUGUCGAUAAACCGAAGUAUCCUCGAAAAAUGGAACUUUCAAUGAGUAAACUAGUGGAUCAUUAUUUGAGAAGCAGUUGGCCCAAUAAAACGAUUUGUGACACCAGCCAGUGGAAAUACACGAUUCCAUCAUUAAACAAUCUGCCUCAACUUUUCAUGAGUCCUGAUAAUAAAGGAUUCAGAGUUUCAGAUUUGCUUGGGAAAUAUUUAGGACUUUCUUCUGGAAUGGAGCAUCCAUUGCCAUGGAAUCUUCCAUAUUGUAGUGCUUUUUUAGAUGGUCCAAGUCUUUCACCUAUUUUGAAAUUGCCUGGUGUUUUGUGGGCGUCGUCACGUAAUCCUUCAUUAAAGUUGGGUGAAAAUAGGCUUUUGCCUUUAUUUACUAAUCUUGUUGUUGGUGGAGCCACGGAUGCAGAUAUUGCUCAGCGCAUCACUACUUUGUUGAAUUAUAAUAUUGGGCCUAAAUGGAUCGCAUUAAAUUUAGCUGCUCUUUUUUGGCGUAUCAUUGGCUCACCACGUGAAGCCAUCAUAUGUCUUCGUGCUGCUCUUCUUUCUAACGUCGUGCGUUAUGCAAAUAGUGAGAUGCACUUGGUUGAUGCGGCUGCUCUUCUUAAUUCAGCUAUAGCUGUUAAUCCUAACGAGCCUUUAACACAUUACUUAGCUGCUGUCGUAUCUUUAUUAAGAAAUAAACCUGUUUCUGCUAUUGCUUAUGCUAAAGCUGCAGUUGUUGUUGAUCCAAACUUUCAGCCAGCUGUAUUGCUUCUACAGUCGCUCAAAUGUUCAAAUAAGUAUAAAAAUGUCAUAAUUCAUGAACGAUUUCAACGUCGUUGUUGCGCACCAUCACAAGAUGCAGUUUGUGCAUUUGGUGAUGGUGAUGUGGUUUGUUUUAUUUCACAUGGUAAGAAUACAUACGAGGCUAUAAACUGUGGUGGAAACAUUGAUUUAUCAAAGCGAUCGAAAAGAGUUUGUGAAACAUUUUUAUUAUUUGUGAUUUAA